AUGCAGCGCACCGCGCCCAAGUUGGUGGCGGAUUUGGAAAACCGCACGGCUUUCAUGGUGCAGCUGCAGGCCCUUCUCCUUCAGGCAAAGCACAUUGUGAGCGGGAGCCAGAAGGGCAAGCUGCAGGACAUCCAAACAGGUAUUGAAGAGUGGGUAAAGGAGGUGGGUAACGUUGGGGCGCCACGCCCGUCGAUCUGCACUCCCUCGCCCAGUACCCCUGUCACACUAACGACAAUACAGGAGGAGGAACAACAGAAGCAGCAGCAGCAGCAGCAGCGGGAACCCACCGAGGCGGAUGGAGACAAUGAUACCAACAACAAUACCAAGAGUUCCUCCAGUACCUUUCAGGCUUCGAUAUCAGCCACGCAACUUCCCGCCAGCUCGACACCGCGUGGUGAUGAGCCUUUUUCAUUUACUGUGGAUAUGCUCCGCAGCAUGAAUGGUGCAGGAGCUCCCGACCCGCUGAACAGUGUGGCCACGCUUUCUACGAGCUUUAAGAGCCGUAACUUGGAGCAUCUGGCAGAGUUCCUCCGCAUGCUGUGCUACGGGGACCUUCCGGAAAGUGUAAAGCUGCGCAAUGUGGGACGCAACGCAGCGCGACUCACUAUUGUCCGCUGCUUUUCGAUCAUUACAAACGCCCUACAGCAAGUCGUAUGGGAGCUUUACGUGGAUCCAGUGGUGGCAAAAGAGCCGUGCCUCGACAAGAAUGGUGAAUGCGAUGCUCCUCCGCUUUUGUCGCCGUUUGUGCGCCUCUCGCACGAUAUCAAAGUGUCAACCAAUGCGAUUAUGAAGUGUAUGGAGCUUCUCACAGGUCACACAGAGUUUUCUUCGACGCGAUUUGCAUCUCAGGUGUGUGUUGAUAUUCUGAAACAGCUGCGCCUGUGCGUUGUUGUUUUCCAGCAGCGGAUUUUGCGGGAGGAGUCACGCCGACUGCGCGUGGCGGAGGAGGCAAAGACGACGACGACAGCGACGGCAGCAGCGGGUGGUGACUCUUCUGCGAAUGCGCAAAAGGCGAGACAGGCUGCUGUGCGAAGGGUAGAGGAGCUGCGGCGCACCAUGGGGCCCUCGCUGCUCAUCAGCAUCGAGAAGCUCCUGGGCCUUGUGCGUCCCGCCGUGCGGUAUUUGGUGACUGUCGCCUCGCUGAAAGAAACCGCGGGUGUGCAGGAGGAACGGACACUAAAGAAUGAUGUGAGUGCACACCUGUUCGGCCUAGCGCAGUGGGUAUCGCCCAAUGCGCGGCCAACGCAGCAGCAACAGCAACAACAACAACGACGGACCAUGCCAGAGGAUAUAAGAGUGACGGAGCGCGAGACGGACGCCGCGAAAGAGCAUUCGUCUGUCGAUGGUGCAGAGCAGUCCGUGCCGCUGCCUGAAUGCAAUACCGUUGUGUCUCCAAUUCCACUGUGGCCUCAUGUUGCACACGUUGUUCUGGAGAUGGUGGUGCCGGCUGCAUUCUCACCGGAGUACAUCUCGUGUGUUGCGCAGCACUGCGGUGACCAGAGUGAUGGUCAACUCGUGGCGGUGCGGAUCCUUCACGACACCGUGAAGAAGUUGGCGAGCACAGACCUUGAGGAGUUGCGAUGCAUGUUGGGUCACGCCACGUGGCGGAGGCGUCUUAUGGACGGCAUUCUUAAUUGUUUAGUGUCGCUGCAGCCAGCGGUGCUGGAUGCAGGCCUUGAGACUCUUCACUAUAUUGUUGUAGGUUGCCCCGACUGCCUGGGCUCCGAGGUAGGGUUCUUAUACACUAGCGGUGUAUUUGGGCUGCUGGAGUCCGACAAUACGCCGCCGGCAAUGCGACGGGCACUUCUUCGCCAUGUUGUUGGCACAUUCUUCAAGACUGCAUGCGUCCCUGGUCAACCGUCUCUCUUGCUGCGUCUCUACCAACAGUUUGACCUCAACGUCCGGUGGCACCAGCUCAAUGUCGUCCAACAGGCUGUCGCAACGCUUUCGAAGGCAGUGCGCUGUGCUGCUCCGGAGGGUUUUGCCGAUGUGGUGGAGAAAGGGAGCGACGACCAGGAGACUGCAACCUUUCAGAGGUCGCUGCCAUUUCUCGCACUUCAAGGUCUCUCACUCGCUGUGGAGUUACUCACCCUACAUAUCCCACAUGACCCCGAUGUGGUUGCUAAUAUUACACUGCCAAGGUUGACAAACCGCGACGAAAAAAUGGAGGAGCAGCGCGUGGUUGACAUCAUCAACAGUUCCCCCCUCAAAGGCGUGAGAAAACUCUUUAAUAUAACCGAUGAGGAGAUGAACAUGGAUGAAAGUGGCAGGGCGGUAGAGAACAACUGGGCGCACCAGUACAUACCACAACCAGCGUCACCAGAAACAGAACUGAAGGUGAGUCGUAUCGCGCAGUUCCUCAGGGAGACACCGUCGCUGAACCCCGAGUCGGUCGCGGAGUUUCUCUCAUACCCCGCCGUUCUCCCACUGCAGGUGUGUCGGGUUUUCAUGGAGGCACUGCCGCUUGCCGGCAUGAGUCUCGUGGAUGGGCUAAAGAAACUCUUCACUCUUGUGCAGCUCCCCAAGGAAGGUCAACGAAUCGAGAGGCUUCUCGAGUUCUUCUGCAGCGCGUAUUUCAAGGCAAACUCUGUUGAUGGCGUUGAUAUUGAUACGUUCCCUUUUGAAUCAGAGAACGCAUGCUUCAUUGCGGGAGUCGCGGUCCUUAUGUUAAAUACAAGCUUGCACAAUCCGCAUGUUUCGUCCGCAAAAAUGUCGGUCUCCACUUUCCAAGCGCAACUUCGGGGGUGUAACGAGGGUAAAAACUUCCCAGAGCAUUUUACCAAAAACAUAUUCGACGAAAUCAACGCCCACUCAUUGUCCAGCAUGAAAGGUUUCUGGUCUGCUGGCAUGAGUAGCGGUGUGCGAUACGCGUCUGUACCUUUUCCUGGCAAAAUGGACUCUAUUUUCUUUUCAAAUGAGGAACGUCAGGAAUUAGCCUUUGGUGUGGUGCGGCAGCGGCUGGUGAGUGAGACGCGAGAGUUAAUCUACCGUUGUAGUAAACUAGAGUCGGACUCUGAAGAAAACACAUCAGUUUUUUGGUGCAGUGUUGCUCGGGACCUGUUCCUCAGCACGUGGCCGUCGCUCUGUGCUGUGUUCGGCGUCGCGGUGCAUGAGGUGCAGGUGGCAGAGGAGGCAUUGAUGUUGUGUGUGAGGGGUCUGCGCAGCAGUCUCCUCGUCGCCGCAGCGUUCGGCCUGCACACAGAGUGCAGUGUAUCUCAACUCGCGCUGCUCCGCAUGGCUUCUUUCGAGCCGAUGCGUACUUUGUGUCACACCUGUGUGCUGGAAGUAGCUGCAUCUCCGCACAGCGUGCACUUCACUGCGCGUUGCUGGACGCCGGUGGCGGAGCUGCUGGUGUCGACACGCAAGCGGCAGGAGACGUUGCUCGUCGAGGCGGAGUCAGUCUUUGGGCGUGUGGAGGAAUUCACGCGUGAGUCUUGCGGUGGCUGCGGGGUGCGGGACACUGACGCAUCGCCCCUCGUGAAAAAGGUUGUGCAGGAGGCGCUGCGGGGCAUGACGGCAGUUGUGCGGGACACAAGUAUCGACAGCGCAACCCUCGCCGCCGCGCUGUACGUGCUGCGGCGUGCUGUCGGCUACUCCCUCAUCUCGUACGAGCAGCAGCAGGGAGCGGUGGUGACAAACCUCGUUAAUGUGCGUGACUUUAGUGCGAUCAUUGCGCCUGCGCUUGUUGACGUAGUCGAAGCGCGGAGCGGAAAGGGCGAUGAGUGCCUGCGUGUCAUCGUGGAGUUUGUCGUUGAUGUCCUCGCCACCGUGUGGAGCUCGUGUGUUUGUGGGGUGGAGCCGCCUCACAUGGUCUCGCAGGCUGAGUUGGCGGAAUGUCACACCUUCUUCCAGCAGUGCUACGAGCGCUGUGCAACGUCGACGGUGGUGCGCAUGCACGUGCUUCAGGGCGUCAAGGAGCUUGUCUCACGCACGGUCCACGCAGCAGGAGCGACUACGACAAAGCCGGUUGGUCUGCGCUUUCAGACAUUCUACAACAUGACACUGAUAUGGCAGCGACUCUUACAGCCUCUAGCGCGGGCACUGUGCGAUAAGGACAGCGUAGGGACAGAAACAUGCAGUCUCGCCGUGCACGUCCUUCGGAAACUUGUUGUUCUCUGCUCAGGAGCGGGUAGCACGUGUGUUAACAUUCAGCUGGGGAAGAAGGUGCGCAAUAUGGUGUUGUUGCUUCUCUCAAGCGUGGCGUACAUUGGAGGUAUGUGUAGUGAUAUGGAUAGUGCGCUGUCGUGCCUGACACAGUUCUCCACCAUCUGCACGACUGUGCUGAAUCAUGACGCCACUAUCCCCUAUAAGGGUGAAACUGCCCUCUUGGAUGAGGUCCAUGAAUCAUGUUUCGAUGCGGUUGCACCAAAGAAAUUACACUUGCUGCUCCGACGUAUCAUUGAGGCCGUGCAGCAAAAACCGGAUAUACUUGUGCUCAAUUCCCUGGAACAGUUAUGCCUGUUGCUGCGUUGCCAAACGCAGCAGACACGGACAGAAGUCGUCACUGCCUUGCGUGCACUUGUCAUUCAGCUUGAGCCGUCGCAGCUGCGGCACCUCGCUGUGCAUCUCUCUGAUACUGUGUUGGAAGCCUCGCUGGGUCAUGCGACAACGGACUACAAGGCGUCUGCGUGGGAUCCUAGCUAUGUGAGCUUUUCCCUCUUCGACCUCCGUGUGCCGUCGACGAUGCGGAAAUGCUCCAUCACGUCCUUCCGCGUCACUCUACCACUCGUGAUGAACCUUAUGUCGCAUGAGCUGCUCUCAGAGGCACCCAGGGAGCACUUGGCAUCUGUCACGACGGUGGUGAUGCGGCAGUGCAUGGUUCCACUUGCCGUGUCGCCACGCGCCACGUUUCAGAUGCGCACAACUGCUGUCCGUGCGCUGAUGCAGUGCGCCGCAGUCUGUACCACACGCCAGUCUACCAGCGGCGACGUGCAGUGCCUGCGCGCCGUUGCAGACUGCGUUGGUCUCGUGUUGUACGCCUCGCGGGUGCCGGUGCGGUUGGUCGUGCCUGCCGACGCCGACCACGUAGGCGGCUGCUGGGUCGCGGAGAAAAAGUCGGCGGCGCUCGAAGCGUACAUGCAGGCAGCGGCUGGCGCGGUUCAGGCCCUGUCACUUGCGGAGGCGUACGAAGUGACGGGAAGCCGCAACAGCGCCACUCUCCGUGUCGAUGUGGACGUCGAGACCUUGGAGGAGCAAGAGGAGUUCACGCGAACGACACGCGGCAACUGGUCUGUGCCCCGCGGAGACGUGGCCACGGACGAGCAACUGGUUGAAUACUGCACGCUAAUGGCACAGUUGCUCUCGCCGCUCCCCAAAGUGCUGGACGCCGCCCCGCAGCGCAUCCCUAACGAAGACGGCACUGAAGAAUUGCGGCAACAGCAACCGUCAUGCGCUGUGUGGGUGCCCCCGACUGCAGUGCACGAGGUGCUAGCAGAACUGGUGUUAGAGGCUGCCGGCAUAUUCUUUGCGAUCCUUUGGCGAGUAAAUUACUUUGUUGAGAUGGAGAAUUUCAUGGCGAAAGCAACGCAGAAGGGACGCGACACACCACCUUUGAGCAAAAGCAGCGCUCUCCUCCCCCACGCCGCUGUUCGGGGUGCACUCAACGCCUUCCUGGUGCUCGCUUUGCAAAUGGACCUUUCCAAGCUUCGUAAUGUUAUUGUGGAGGUUUUGCGAGCUACGGCAUGUGUGCAAACAUCGACGCUCAGCACGCGGGAGGCGCAGAAGAUAAACGAAGGUACGGUCGAAAGUGCUGCCAUGCAGCGCUUGAGCCCGCAGGAGCACCAGCACAUACGAAGCUGCAAUGUAGGAAUGUACCAGGAGCUCUCGUCGGUGGUGUCUCAUUGGAUCAAGACGACUGUGCAGCAGACGGACGCCGAAACGUCGACGCUAGAUGGCGACCGCCGCGCAGAACUUCAGGCAGUCGUGGGGGGCGCGGAUGUGUUUACGGGAUUGGUGCGGCUACUGACCACCACGGCGGGGGUGGUGAUUGUCGCAAUUCGCGACUACUUGGCGUGGUACAUCACCGUCCACCGGCACGACGUGGCGCUGGUGGGGGAGGAGACGACGCUGGAUGCCGCGCCGCUGCCCCCGCCAAGGGCGAAUGGAAACGAGGAGACGGAUGAGUAG